GGUUAGUUCUAAGGUAGCAGCUGGGCUUGCUGUGGUUUCAGCGGCGACGCAGCAAGGAAACAGGAGUGAGGAGUCGGUAUUUGGUGGAGCGCCCAGAGGGUGGAUAGUGGCGCCCCGAGGGCUCUGCAUCGAGGGCCCUGCAUCGCUGGCYGAGAAUGUCAUCAGAUGAGGACAAAUGCUCAGUUCCAGUUAUACAAAAUGACUCCGAUCCAGGCAGUUCUGUCUCUGCAGAUCUUCAGGAAGAAUAUGAAGAACUACUUCGUUAUGCUAUAGUGACUCCAAAUAUGGAAUCCAGUACUUCACAGUCACAGCCAUCUCAUCCUAAGGCAGAAGUGGUGCCAGAAGUUAGAAGUCCUACUCCCAUUGAUAAUAUUCUUCAUAAUCAAGGAAGCAGCUCUGCAGUAAGAGAAACUGCAAUAGAAGUUGGAAAAGGAUCUGAUUUAAAUAUUUCCAGUCAUUCAAAGAUAGAUGGAUCAUCACCAGUGUCAUCACCAAGGAAGCCUUCUCACCCAGUCAUGGAUUUUUUCAGUUCACAUCUUUUAGGUGACUCUUCCUCAUCAAGGUCUAAUUCUGCUCUUACAGAUGCCCAUGAAAUAUUUGUGGGUGAUAGUCUUGUUUUUGAUGAAAACCUUCAGAGGAUGGAAAAUAUGCUUGAUCUUUGGAGUUCAAAUCUUAAGGUGAUUUCCAGCUUGUCUCAUGCCAUAGGCAAGCAAAAGGAAAGAAUAGAGUUAAUGAGAACAUUCUUCCACUGGCGAAUUGGCCACAUCAGCUCCAGACAGGAUGCUUAUGAAUGCAAACUAGCUGACCAGUACUUCCAGAGAACUUUACUGAAGAAAACCUGGAAGGGCUGGCGUUCCAUAAUACAAAGACAAUGGAAAGAGGUGGUAGAACGAGCUUGUCAAGCAAGAGCUGAAGAAGUUUGUGUUCAGAUUUCUAAUGAUUAUGAAGCCAAAGUUUCUAUGUUAUCUGGAGCUUUGGAAAAUGCAAAAACUGAGAUUCAAAGACUGCAACAAGAAAAAGAACACUUUGAAGAUUCCAUGAAGAAAGCUUUCAUGAGGGGGGUGUGUGCAUUAAAUCUCGAAGCCAUGACUAUGUUUCAAAACAGAAAUGAUUCAGGGAUAGAUUUCACAAAUAAUAAAAAAGAAGAAUACAACCCUGGUGUUCAAGGAAAAGAACAUCCUACUCAUGUGGAUCCUUCAGUACCUCCAGUGUCCUCAGCAGUUCCACUGCAUUUGCUGCAGCCCUCGCCUACAGUGCCAGUUGCAACAGCCAGCGCCACUGCAAUUCCUUCUGCUGCUUCCGUGACUUCUGCUGGGGCUGCAUCUGCUUCUUCUGUUCACGUUCACUUUCCAGUUCCAGUUCCAGUCUCCGUUCAUGGUGCAGCAUCCUCAGCUACAACUACAUCUGAAGAAAUGUAUGUGCCAAGAGUUGUAACUUCAGCACAUCAGAAAGCUGGAAGAACAAUUACAGCCCGGAUCACAGGGAGAUGUGAAUUUGCUCCAAAAAACAGAAUUAAUAGCAGUUUAGCUAUAAUGGGAGUCUCUCCACCCAUGAGUUCAGUUAUCGUGGAAAAACAUCAUCCAGUCACAGUGCAAACCAUUCCUCAAGCAUCAGCUGUAAAAUACUCACGGACCAUUCAUCCUGAAGGUGGUACCUCAGUUUCAAGAUCUCUUGGAACCAGAACAACCCACACCCAGUCUCUCACAAGCAUUCAGUCCAUAAAAGUGGUUGACUAAAGUGAAUAUGUUCACAGCAAGGUCCUUUAAUUCCUCUGGUAAAGACUGUACCAAGAGUUGGAAGUCUUUAGUUUUUAACUUUUCUGAAUUGCUAGAACAUCAUGGAUACAUCAUGUUCAUCUUUUCAAAAUUAUAAAGAGACUUUUUCAAGAUAUACCAUCCUUUGUAACUAUA